ACUCGAUUCGACCCUGUAACGGUUCGCUCGACUUCCCGAUGUUCAUUCCCUCCUCAAUUUCAAAAGGAAACCCUAGAAAUCGAAAUCCCUAAUUCGCUAACUUCUCUUGUUUAAUUUCGUGUGAUCCUAUCGAAUCAUUCGAAAACCCUAAUCAUUCUCUUUCGCUCGUUGAGUUCUCUCCGCAAUUCGAAACCCUAGUUUUCGAACCCUUGAAUGAUGGAAAGCCUCGUUCUCGAACCGUGAUAUAACUCGAGUGAACAACCGAUACAUGGGAAUUGUAUGGACAUGCACCAAAGUUUGCUCUCUUAGGAAAUGCACUGGUUGAUUCCAUGGGUGGUGCUGUUGAUUCGGGAGUUCGCUUGCGUACCAAAAUCUCACCCCAUCGUGCAGCAAUCGAGAAGGCACAAGCAGAAUUACGGCAGGAAUGUGAUGUAAAGGAAAAAUGGAAAAGAGAACUAGAAUUCCUUGAAAGGGGAGGCAACCCCUUGGAUUUUAAAUUUGGUCAUGCAGCAUCAACCAGUCUACAUUCUACAUCUUUCACAGAUCAGCAGGCUGAGCAAUGUGCAAUCAGUGAAGCAAAGGGGAGCUUUGUAUUGAUUGCCUCCCGGCAUGGAGAUUCUAUUGAAAGCAGUGGCAGACCUGGGGAAUCUGUGAAAAGAGAAACAAAUACUGCUGACAAUCUCGUACUAUUUGAUGGGGAAAACAGUGUUCCCUCUGGUGUGAAAAAUUUAAAACGAAAAAGAGGAAAUGCCUCUCUACUCGAACAGACUUCAGAAGGUGCUGGCUGCACUCAUACCAAGGGAACAGAGGAUUCUCUUAUUUUCCACCUUGGAGUUAAAAAUCAGGCAUAUACUCGAAGGAAUCGGUCAAGGACGAGCCGUGAUGGUCACGGUAAUAAAUCAUCCACAUCUUCCACCCUUGGUCAUAGUGAUGGAAACGGACCAGUACGUGAAGCACACACGGAUAAAGAUGGAGCCUCUUAUGUCUCCAACUCAAUUUCAAAGGGUAACGACUUAUCAAAAACAUCCUCCACCGGUUGCAAAUUGGAUAUGGAGCUUGAUGUGGCGCAGAAACAUCAUUCAAGUGUAAACGUGAUAAAAGAUAGGGUGCUAGAAAGAAAAGCAGAACUUAACAUUUCUGAAAACACAAACCAAUCUAAUACGCAAACUAGUUCACAUGUAGAGCAAGCUGCUAAAGAUCAAGCUACUUCAGUUGAUUUUCAAUCGGUUGCUCAUGAGGCCACUGGAAAUGUAUCUGAAAAAGUCAAUGACUUGAGUGUCCCAGAUAAAAAUGUGACUGGUGUACUUUGUGAUGAUCCGAAUAGCAAAUUGGGCACUGAUAGCCUUACUGAAAUUCGGAGACUGAUUGAUGUGCAAACAGAUACUCAAACUAAGAAGGAAAAUAUGACUUCGGUAAAUGCUACUAGUGAAAAAUGCAGCAUGUUAAGACAUGAGGAAGGUAACUCGGAUGGAGAAUGCAAAGAAGGUUCACCAUAUCAGAAAACAACAGAUAAUAAAGGCGCAAGCGAAAAUGGCCUGUCAACUGGUGUUGAAGCCCUCAUCACUGCUGUUCCCUCAAACCCAAGCAACUCAACAAUUCAUAUUAAAGAUGAAAUAGAAUUAUCUGAUGAUAGAAUUGAGAUUGUUUCAACUCAAAAGAGCUUGAAAUCAAAUGGCGAAAUUGUUUCAGAAACUCAAAAAAUACUAAACAACUCUUUAGGCGACAGUUCCCAUUCCACUAACAAUGCAGGUGGUGCUAUAAGCUGUUUCAAUGUUCUCGCGGGUCAACCUUCAACAACAACUCUUUCUGAAAGGGGUAUCUCAAGAUUAUCAACUGCCUCUGAAGUUCAGAGUAUUGCAGCUAAUCACUUAAAAUUGGAAAAGAAGGCUCAUGAAGAUGCAAUUUUGAAAGAAGCACGGGUGAUCAAGGCAAACCUUAAGAGGACUGCUCAGCUAUCUUCCUAUAAGUCUUCGGAGAAGCAGCAAAAGAGUCAUUGGGAUUUUGUCCUUGAAGAAAUGGCAUGGAUGGCGAAUGAUUUCAUGCAGGAGCGUCUUUGGAAGACAGCAGCUGCAGCACAUAUAAGUCAUAGUAUUGCAUCAAGUGGUCAUUCAGAGUUUGUGCAGAAUAUAAUUUAUAGAAAGCAGAGAAAUAUAGCCAGAACUCUGGCCAAAGCUGUAAUGCAUUUUUGGCAUUCUGCUGAUGUCUCAAGAACAACUGGAGAGGCACUCAAUUGUGCAAGUGAAGGGUGCAAUUCAGAUCUGUUUGAAUCAUGUAAAGUUAACGGAGAAGAUGGAAAGGCUCAGUUGCAGGACAAUGAAGAUGUGGAUGCGGGGAACAUUACGUCUCACACUUCUAUUCAAGGUUAUGCAGUUAGGUUCUUGAAAUAUGAUUGUGCCACAUCCACUCAUUCUGUCCUGGCCGAACCACCGUCUACUCCUGACAGAGUUAACGAUGCAGGCAGACCAGAAACAUCGUGUGAAAGUGACAUUUCAGAAGAAAGCCUCUUUUAUACGGUGCCACCUGGUGCGAUGCAGGUUUACAGAGAUACAGUGGAGUCCCAGUGGCUGAAUUACGAGAAAAUGGUUAAUCAUAUGAAUCACGAAGAUUGUGAGGCUUCUCGUAGCGGUUUUCUUCUAGAUGGACCUCUGAAGAAUGAGUAUGAGGAGGAAGAAGGUGAAACAGGCUCAUACUUAUUACCUGGAGCAGUUGAAGGCAUUAUGUCAUCAAAGUUAACUCUCAAGAGAAAAAAGAUCUUCCCACAAAAGUAUGUUGCACGGUCAUUCAAUGUGGGUAGUGAUUUUUCUUUUGAUUCACACCUGGAAGGCAAAUCUGCAAAUAUACCUUUGAUGACUACUGGGAGAAGGCCUAGAAGCACACCUAAUUCUGGUCUAAUUCCAAUAAAGCGUGUUCGUACAGCUACUAGGCAACGGGUGCCAAGUCCUUUUGGUGCUGGAGUUACAGGAAGUCUAAACAUAACGAAUAAGGCAGAUGUUUCAAUUGGAGACACUAAUUCCCUCCAAGAUGAUCAAGGUUCGAUGCACGGUGGGUCUCAGCCAAAGAAAAACAUGGACAUUGAGUCUACAGUUGAUUUUGAGAGACAAUUUCUAUUUGACAGUAGUGAGACAUCCACAAAACCUAAAAAGAAGAAGUCUAAGCAUUUUGGGUACUGCGCAGAUCUCUCAGCUUCUGGUGUCUUAGUUGUAUCGAGAAAGGGCUCUGCAUUUGAUCAGAGGUUACAAGCUGAUUUGAUGAUCCAGCAGGAACAGAGGGAUCAGAUCAAAAGCAGAUUGGAGGAUCAGCACGAUGAUUCUAAUGGAAAUAUUGCAACAGGUAUAUAUGGGCAACAUGCUGCUAAAAAGCCUAAGCUCUUAAAGCAACUGACAUAUCCUGCACAAGAGGCUAUCAUGCCAGCCACUGGAUCCGUGUCUUCUCCGGUUGCUUCACAAACGAGUAACAUGUCAAGCCAGUAUAAGUUUAUUAAGAUAAUUACUAACAGGGAUCAGGGGAAAAAGAGUAAAACUACAAAGAUGGCUGCUGGACAGUCAGAUUCUGGGACUUCAUGGACAAACUUUGAGGACCAGGCUCUUGUUGUCUUUGUUCAUGAUAUGGGUCCAAAUUGGGAGCUUGUAAGUGAUGCUAUCAACAGCACUCUGCAGUUCAAGUGCAUUUUUCGGAAACCCAAAGAAUGCAAGGACCGUCACAAAUAUCUUAUGGAAAAAAGUGCUGGUGAUGGGGCUGAUAGUGCAGAGGAUUCAGGCACAUCUCAACCUUAUCCGUCUACUAUACCUGGAAUUCCAAAGGGAAGUGCCAUACAACUAUUUCAACACCUGCAAGGACCCAUAGAGGAGGACACUUUAAAGGCCCACUUUGAAAAGUUAGUUUUGAUCGGACAAAAACUGCAUUCAUUCAGGAAUCAGAAGAAUACCCAAGAACUAAAACAAAUAACUCUAGUUCACAGUUCUCAUUUUGUCGCUCUUUCUCAGACGUGCCCAAACAACCUGGGAGGGGGUAUCCUAUCGCCACUUGAUCUUUGUGAUGCUAUUACAUCAAGUCCAGAUGUUGCGCUUGGAUGUCAGGGGUCUAAUACAAGUGGUGCAGCAAUUCCAACUCAUCAAGUUUCUCCUUCACCUUCUCUUCCUACAUCAAAUGCUAGCACUAUGUCCCUGGGAUCUUCUGGAAUUGUCCCAGGAAGUAAUUUACCGUCACCUUCUACACCACUAAAUCCCCCUGCUAGGGAUACACAGAGGUAUUUCAUGCAUAGAGCAGCUUCUUUACCUGUUGAUGACCAACAAAAAAUGCAUUAUGCUCCAGUUCUUUCCGGAAGAAAUAAUCAGCAAGCUAGCAUGGCUGUUCCUGGCUCUUUACCUGUAGGAGUUGAUCAAGGUAUUCACAUGUUAUCCACUGGCAAUGGUAUGGGUAUGAUGGGUGGUAGAACCAUGCCUAUGUCUAGACCAGGCUUUCAGCCAAUACUCUCUCAAAGCAUGCCCAUGGUUUCUUCUGGUGGCAUGCUUGCAAGCUGUGGAGGAGUGCCCAAUCCUGUUAACACCCAUCCUAGUACUCUUUCAGGCCCAGAGAACUCAAUGUUAAGGCCACAGCCUGGUCAGAACACAGAGGACCAUAGGCAGAUGACGAUGCAAGAAAUCCCUCUGCAUAUCUCGCAAGGGAACGGUCAACUUAUGCCUCCUUUCAGUGCCAUGAGCACCCAAUUUUCUACUAUAACAAGGCCUUCAUCACUCUCUUCUUAUCAAGCGCAAAAGCAUCAGCAAUCUUACAUUCUUGGAAACCCAAACCACACUCACAUUCAAGGCAUGAACCGUUCAAGCCCACAGCUGCAUUCUUAUGCCAUCCGCCUGGCUAAAGAGAGGCAACUCCAGCAGCGGUUGAUGCCUCAAGUUCAGCAACCGUAUUCAGCAGUUCAGAGUAGUUCUCAGCUGCAACAGCAACCCCAGCCAUCUUCCUCUUCACUUCCAUUUCCUGCAAAAGCCCAACAUAACAAGCAGCAGAUGCAAAGUAAGUCACAAGGAAGUCCUGGGUUAUCAAAUCAGGUCAUGAAGCAGAGACAGCAGCAGCAGCAGCAGCAGCAGCAGUUAAGACUCCGACAGCAACAUAAGCAACAGUUGCAGCAGCAAGCUGAGCUUGUGAAGGGUGUAGGUGGGGGCUCAAUGCUGAUACAUGAAAACCUAACUUUUGAUCCCUCACAAGUUUCUGAUAAACCUUUGAUUCAGAUGGAACGGGGUUUCUUUCCUGGUAGCUCAGGUUUGAAUUCAGCUAUUCCGCAAUCCUCAAACCAGCACAAAUCAAAUUAUGGGCUGCCUUCUCAAUCAUCAAACCAGAUAUCUCCACAUCCUUUAAAUCCUUUGUCUGCUCCGACACCACCACAACUACAGCAUCAGAUAAAUCAAAAUACACAAAGGAUGAUGCAGCAGAGUGGACAUUUGAGUUCUGAUGGUAGAGUAAAAUCCUCAGGCGAUCAAGUGCAAGUCCAUCAGAUGAUUCCAACUACAUCACUUCCUAUUUCUACAAGUUCUGCUCCUUUGAUGUCCUCUUCAACUCAGAGGAAAACAGAGCCAUCGCAUGAUGUGAAUUCACCCACUCCAACCACUCACUUGACUAGUUCACCCUCAGGAGGAACUGACCUUCAAACUCGGGAUCAUUGGCAACUGCAACAACAAUCUCAAUCACAGUUGCAGUUGCAGCAGCAACAGAAAUCCCAGCAUCCGCACGGACAAGGGAUGCAGGGUAAUAAAUAUGCACGACCUUCAAAGUUGGGAUCAGGCUGAUAGUAGUUAUCAACGGACUGGUCUGUUAUUUUUGAAAGUGGCCAUGUUCCUCUUGUAAAAUUGACGUACAGAUGAUGAAAGCUCAGAGUUACUGUCUUUCCCUUGUCAGAAAGAUGGGGUUAAUCUUAUUUGCUCAGUUUUGGGACCAUUUAUUGCAUGUUUCCUCUUCUUGUACCCGGUGCUGGUCUCAAUACAUUGCGAUUGCGCGGUCCGAGUCAAUUGUUCGAUCAAUGGCAUUUGUAAAUUUUUGUGCAGCGAGAAGACCUUUUAUCUAGUUAUGGGCUUAUACAGUAGCAUUGUAGCCAUGACAUGCUAAUGUGGAUAAUGUAUGGCCCCACAUUGUUCUCUAACCAAAUAUUGUACAAAAUGUGAUAGUCAUUUUUUUUUACUCCCCCUCUUGAUUUGCCACUUUGAUGGAAAACUGUACAGAAAUUUAAUGUAUCAAAAGAAUUUAAUCUUUGUGGCUUAAUUUCAUAUAAAGGAGGUGCGGAAAUUGGAGCCUGA